AAGCAACAGCAAGAUAGAUACAGUGGAAAAAAUAGACAGCAUUGUAUCGGCUGAAAUACCAUCAGAUGACAGGCCAUGCUUGAGACGAACCGUACUGAGGCACAUGAUUCAUGGACCAUGCGGUGCCUUGAAUCCGGCAGCACCAUGCAUGGACAACGGUGCGUGUACAAAAGGAAUAUCCUAAGAGACACUCAGAAACAACACUCAUGAAUAUAAACGGGUAUCCCGAGUACAGAAGACGGCGAACCGGAUUUACUUAUGUCAGAAAUGUGCCGGUGGACAAUACGAAUGUUGUUCCAUACAACGAGUAUCUGCUGAUGAGGUACAACUGCCACAUCAACGUCGAGGUGUGCACAUCGAUCAAAUCAGUCAAAUACAUUUUCAAGUACAUCUACAAGGGAUAUGACUGUGCUAAUAUGCAUGUGUACAACAACAACGAGAUCGACCAGUACAUCAACACACGAUAUGUGAGUGCUCCAGAAGCGAUGUGGAGACUGCUUGAGUAUAAAAUGUCAGACAGGUCGCACAGCAUUAUCAGGCUGCCUGUCCAUCUGCCUGAUGAGCAGAA